UGUUAAUAAUUAACAGUCAGUCAACUUACCGCGGUCACCUUCAUGGUCAUAGCCCGCUCAGCCAGAGCAGAGGGCAUUCGACGUUAGAAAAGUGUGUAUUUUCUAAAAGCUGUUGUCACGAGAGCUCACUCAUAUUACAGGUAGGCAUAUGGAGACACAUUUUCUUGAUAUCUCCCUGGCCUUUUGUGGGAUUAAUCUCUCUUCCUGAAGAUGUGAGAAAUGGUAAGAACCAUCUGUAAUCUAUGGAUGUGCAGGCGUCUCCAUGCAACAACACCUCAGACCCUCUGUGCUAUGAGGAAGGAUCAGGCACAUUAGCUGUGAUCAUUAUCCCCACUCUCCUGGCUCUCAGCACAGUGGUUGUUGUGACCAGCAUACUGUGCAGUCUCUUCCAUAGAAGAGCAACACCAGAGAGGACCUCCAUCCCUGCCCAUUACACCAAUCGUGCAGGUCAGGAGUGUGUGUCCAGUAGCCCAGUGAGAGAUGGGAUGGAGAUGGAGAUCCCAGGAGAAUGUACUCUGGAGGGGCUGGAGUUCUGGCAGACUGGCCACUAUGGUCCUAUCUGCAGAGGCACAAUGAGAAGAAAGGAUAUACCCAGUGCUGUAGUGGUCAAGACACUCCGAGGAGGCAUAAAUCAGCCUGAGGCAAAGGAGUUUGUUGACUGGAUCCUUUUCCAUGGUACCGUGUGUAAACACCAGAACCUGGUCCGGAUGCUGUACUGUCAGACACAGAGACUACCUAUGUACCUGGUACUGGAGGCCUGUAGUCCUGGCAACGUUCUGCACUACCUCUGGACCCUGAGAAAUAGUGAUUUGGAGUCCUUGGAUCCACUGCAACACUUUUCCGAGAGAUCAGUGUUUUUGGUGGCAAAGCAGGUGGCAGCAGGCCUGGACUAUCUGUUGUCAGAGCACAGGCUUGUACAUGGUAAUGUUGCUGCACAUAACAUCCUGAUUGGUCCAGGGUUCUCUGUGAGGGUAUCUGGAUUGGGCCUGGCCUUCGAGAUCCGCCAGCACCAGACUGACAAACUGGCCAAUCGCAGGUGCCAGAAUGACAAACUGGCCAAUCGGAGAAGAGCUGAGGUCCCUCUCAAAUGGCAGGCUCCAGAGAGGAUGAUGAAGCACCCAACCACAGACAGGAGUGAUGUAUGGUCUUUUGGAAUCUUUCUGUAUGAAUUGAUCACAUUGGGCUCUCCCCCCUACCCUGAUCUGGAGCCAGAGUGUGUGUUCCUCCACCUACAGAAAUCAUACAGGAUGAAGAAGCCAGACAACUGUGGAGGACCCUUGUAUGACCUGAUGAAGUACUGCUGGAUGUGGAGCUUCAAGGACCGGCCUGUGUUCUCAGCCAUCAUCAAGCUUCUGGGGUCUUACACAUACCUUGCUGGCACUACAGAUAUCUACAUCCCAGAGGACAUGGACAUCAUUGACUACAUCAAGAGGGCAGGUGUGCUGCCCUAAAUAUCUAGCCCAAGGCAUCACAUUCAUGAAUGAAGAAGCUAGAAGCAAGGGGUGAGUCCAUGACAAAGCAUGGCUUUAGUUGAUUUUAGGUUGAUGUGUACUGUACUGUGGUAUCAAAUGUGUUAUAAACUUUCAGAGAGAUUAUUUUAUGAUGCUAAAAUGAAAUGUAAAUGGGUUGACAUAAUGAGGGUGCAUAAGGGUGUGGAAGUAUUGUAUGGAGGAUGCAACAAAGCCUUAUUGUAAGAUUGCAUUUUUGGAUGUGUCCCUUUUAGCACAUAAAUGGAUGUCAGGAAAAAAAGAUCUGCCACUAUAA